CAACAACAACAACAACAACAACAACAACAACAACAACAACAACAACAACAACAACAACAACAACAACAACAACAACAACAACAACUAUUACACCAACGACAACUAUUCCAGGCACAGCCAAAUGACGAGACAAGACCGACAUCGCCAUAACCAGAACACUGCCAUUUCUGCAGCGGCGAUGGGCAAUGCGGCUGUCGAUGGUGGUGGAGGUGGGGUUGGUACUGUUCAUGUUCAUCAUCAUGGUGGUGCUAUUUAUGGAGGUGCUACUGCUAGUUGGGGUGGUGGUAUUGAUGGUGGUGGUGGUGGUGCUGCUGGUGGUAGUAGUUGGGGUGGUGGUGGUGUCUGCUAA